AUGAACGAAUCAGGCGAAAAUGCCCUGUUUCGGAAAAAUGGCGUGCCCAAAUUUCAGACGCACGAAAUGGAAAAGGAAGGGGACACUGAUUUGCCCACGUUCUCGGAGGCCCCGGAAAUAAGCUCCAAAAUUUACGACAACAUCCUCGAGUUGGACUCCCUCACGACUUCCCACUUGCGCGCAGAAGCGGGGAAUUCAGUUCUCUCCGGAGGAAACGGUAACGCACUGACUGCUUGUGGAGAAGUGCAAGCACAUGCAGAUGAUUACCCAGGCAUCCAAGAAGUGAAUGAAAAUCCACAUUCGAAUAAAAAGGAGGGAGUGGGCGAAGAACAAUUCGUGGGGGAACCCCAAGACAAUCACCCCGCUCUUUCAAUCCCAAACCUUGAAGAACUAGGAAUGGCUACGAGAAGGGGAUUCAUGCAGGAGUUGAUCCAGGAAACGCACAAAAAUACGUUGGAGCACAAGCAGACCAACUUUUUAUGCCUUGAAGAGAUUUUGAAGAAGAUGGACCUGAUGAUACAGCUGCAAAUGAAAAUAACCCAGUCGGUUGCUUCCCACCGGGAGGAGCGCCAGCUGUUGUUUCAGCAUAUUUACGAGCUGAAAAAACAAGUCGCUGACAAGGCCUUCAACUCCCUGUGCAACAAGGACCUCGCUAGACGAUGCGUCCAAUCUGCUCAAACAACGCAAAAGAAAGAUAUCGCACAUUCCAAAACGAAGCCAACAUCAUGCGUGGAGUUACAAAGGGAAAAAUAUAAUCCGACACAGAACUUCGAUGUGUUCACAAAGGGAACCAAGAAUACACGUCUGUUCUUUUUUCACUUAAGUGAGUUGGAAGAAUGCGUGUACUCCUUCACUCACUUUUGUAGAGACAUGUCUACUCGGAUUUGUCCUUCGCCUGAGGGGGGGUGUAUUCAUUCCGAUUUGCUUGACCAGGGGUUUUUUUCCUUCCUGAGGGACCCCCAAGCAAUGCGACUAAUUAGGGACCUCGAAAAGAACCUAACAAGGAUAAAGAGUAUGUGCAUGCAGAACUAA